CGUUGAGAUGCUCACAACAAAGGACAGCGCAACACGGAGAGGCUGCUCUCUAACAUAACCCACCGUGGCUACAAAUUUCUUUAAGCAUUCAGUCAUCUUACCGCGAAGAGAAACGAGACAAUAUAAAAAUUUCUCAUUGUCUUCCGAUAUAUAUGUAUUUUUUAAAAUUAUUUUAUUGCGUGCUUUAAUUUCUGGUCCACGAGCUCAGACGCGAAGAAAUUAAUGUGAAAUUUCCUUCGGAGCACCACAAGACACUGAGCGAGGACUUCAUCAUCUGUAUCGCAGGCAGGACAGGCGGCGCUGCGACGCACGAACACAUGGAGCAUGAGAGGCUGGAGCUGAGGAUCAGCUGACCCCUCUCCCCUUCUCCAUCUCCUCCUCACCCCUCGAUCGGCGUCGCCUUCUUUUCCUCCUCACCCCGUCCCGCCUCACCCUGUUGGAUCCCGUCCGACCUCCCCCCCCCUGCAAGCCUCAGUCAGCAGGGCCCGAUGUAUUCCCCGGAGCAGGAAAACAUCUCCACCACCUCGUCCACCAAAGUGCCAGUGAAGUACGGGGAGCUCAUUGUGCUCGGGUACAAUGGUUCUCUGCCCAACGGGGACAGAGGUCGACGUAAAAGCCGCUUUGCCCUUUACAAGAGGCCUAAAGCAAACGGGGUGAAGCCCAGCACAGUUCAUGUCGCCUGCUCUCCACAGGCAGCCAAGGCCAUAAGCAACAAAGACCAGCACAGCAUCUCUUACACUCUGUCCCGAGCCCAGACGGUGGUGGUGGAGUACACUCACGACAGCAAUACUGAUAUGUUCCAGAUCGGCCGAUCCACAGAGAGUCCGAUAGACUUCGUGGUGACGGACACAGUGGCCGGCAGCCAGAGCAACUCGGACACUCAGUCGGUCCAGAGCACCAUCUCCCGCUUCGCAUGCCGCAUCAUGUGCCAGCGCACGCCGCCUUACACAGCCCGUAUCUAUGCCGCGGGCUUCGACUCCUCAAAGAACAUAUUCCUAGGGGAGAAAGCGGCGAAGUGGAAGACGUCCGACGGACAGAUGGACGGGUUGACCACCAACGGCGUCCUGGUGAUGCACCCUCGCCACGGCUUCAUGCAGGACUCCAAACCGGGAGUGUGGAGGGAGAUCUCGGUCUGUGGGAACGUCUUCACCCUGCGAGAGACCCGCUCAGCGCAGCAGCGGGGCAAAAUGGUGGAGACCGAGACCCAGGAGCUCGUUGACGGCUCGCUCAUCGACCUCUGCGGCGCCACCCUGCUGUGGCGCACGGCUGAGGGCCUCUCCCGCACCCCCACCCUCAAACACCUUGAGGCGCUGCGGCAGGAGAUCAACGCGGCCCGCCCGCAGUGCCCCGUGGGAUUCAACACGCUGGCCUUCCCCUCCAUGCGCCGCAAAGACACGCCCGACGAGAAGCAGCCCUGGGUCUACCUGCAGUGCGGCCACGUGCAUGGCUACCACAACUGGGGGAACCACCGUGAGGAGAGGGAGGGACGGGAGGGCCGGCUGCGGGAGUGCCCCAUGUGCCGGGCGAAGGGCCCCUACGUGCCGCUGUGGCUGGGCUGCGAGGCGGGCUUCUACGUCGAUGCCGCUCCGCCCACACACACCUUCAGCCCCUGCGGACACGUCUGCUCGGAGAAAACGGCAACCUUCUGGAGCCAGAUCCCGCUCCCGCACGGCACCCACACCUUCCACGCCGCCUGUCCUUUCUGCGCCCAGCAGCUGAGCGGUGAGCAGGGCUACAUCAGACUCAUCUUCCAGGGACCCCUGGACUAGCAACGGAGGAUCCGGAUGGGACGAAAGUUCCCUACUGAUGUUUUUCUCUCUGGACCUUUUGCCUCUGUCUCCUUUUUAAGUGACCUUUGUAUUGCUUUUUUUCAUGAAUGACAAACAGAUUUCUAUAUUUUCAUGAAACCAGAGACACAAAAAAUCAAACAAAGAACACUGCUGGGUAAACUUUGUGUCUUGGGGAGAACUUUCAACAGUAUUUAUCUGACGUACUGACACGUUAGCGGUUUUUAUUCAUGUAUUUGUUGCAAUACACAUGUACAUCUCUCAGAGCUUAUUUAAAGAAAUGUGUUUAUUUAUGACCCAGGAUGUUGCUUCAACCUUUAUCCCUCAUCCAUACGGAAUUUUCUUUGAAAAUCCAGCGUAUUUGUUAAUCAGACAUGAAGUUUUGAGCGUGUUUUCCGUGUUUUCUCUCUCUCUGUCUAUAUUCACCUGUCGAAGCCAUUCAAUGUAUUUACACACCUUGUGUCCUGGUGUUCCCUCUCAUAGGUUACCUACUCAGACGUUUCACUUUCAGAGCAAUAGAAACCUCCUCAAGCAUUAAACGGAGGCGUGUUUUCUGACGCCUGCUCGGCCGCCGCCCUCCCUUUAACGAGUGACUCCGUCCCGAUCACCUGUUAGCCAUAAAAUAACAACAACAAAAAAAACGCAAUUAUGUAGCGGUGGACUCGCACUCUCAGCUGAACUGUUGUUUGUUAUUAUUUUUUUUUAUUUUAAACAUAGAGGAGCUCCCAGACAGAAACUCGUGGUACUAAUGUGUAACAGAUGUGGACAACGACUUAAUUCAUUCUGCGUGGCUGCUGGGAUGUUAGUGAAGGUCUGUGUCUCAAAUUGCUUCUUGGUGCCUCCAAGAGUAACAGUGCCCUCUGCUGGUGGCUUUUGAAACACGCACACACACACACACACACACACACAGAGGGCCCUGAAUGGGGCUUGCCUUUGUAUUGAAGCAAACUGAGGCAAUUUAUAGUCAUUUUCUCCGACAUUUGGUUCAGAGAUGCACCAAUCAGACUCAUGUUGGUUGAUACCGAGUCUGAUCUCCCUACUUGACAGGCUGUAUUUUAUUUUAUUUUUUUAAAGUACCCCAUAUCGUUUGAUUGCGGCCAACAGAAAAUUACCAGAUUGUUCCUACAUAUCCGUUAAAGUGCAGUGUUUAGCGGAGUGAUUGUAAACUGAAAAGGUGCAUCAAGUUCUUCUCUGUAGCUGUUACAUUUAUAGACUAAAAUGGCUUCUUAAUUUUAAAACACUUCAAAAAAGAGGAAAAGCAAUUUUUCACUGUCUGAACUACUGAUCACCGAUCAGAACUGAUCAGAGAAAAAUCUUCCAAUUCCGAUCUCUGGCUAACUGAUCGGCGCAUUUCUACUUUGAUUGAAUGAUCACAGCACAGAGGAUUUGACUCAUCUGAAUCGUGGGCCGCAGCUGCCCCGGGUAGAGACGUGCGUUGAUUUAUUAUUUUUUUCCCCAGGUCUUUGUGACAAUUUGUGCUUUUCAAAUAUCGUCUUCGUGUAAUUUUCUACAAGGCAGAGAUUAUCAGGGCUGCCUGUUCUUUUCUUUUCACUAAAACGGUUCUCCUAAACGCUUAACGAGAACAACAAUGCAUUUUUAUUUCUUUAUUUUUCUAGAUCAAGACGAUAUGAGAUACUCCACAUAUAACGUGAUUUAGUAAAAAAAAUAAAAUAAAA